AUGUCUGCCAUUAGGACCGCCCCAAGGAUCGCGCGCCCAGCGUUACGGCAUCAAUGUAGACGAACAUUCGCGCAGACAGCGCGUCGCCGCGCUGAGGGCGUAAAGCCGGAAACACCUGCUGGCGCUGGCGGAGCUUCUGGAGCAAUCGCAGGUGGUGUCGCUGGCGGCCUGGCAGCAGUGGCAAUAGGUUAUUCCUGGUAUCACUUCUCUGGUGCCAAGACUGCUGUCCAGAGCUAUUCAUCAGCAAAGAAGUACGUGAACGACACACUCAAGAAGACUCAAGAGAAAGCUCCUGCUCCCAAUGAGGCUAUCCAAUGGCUACGAGGAACGGCAAACAGCUAUGCUGGACUCAUUCCAGGCGCAAAACAAUAUGUUGAUGGUACCUUUGACGAGCUCGAGAAGAUCUCGCAGGACCACAAGGACGAAGUCAACAAGAUCGUCCAGAACGCCUACAAGCAGCUCGCCGAUAUCACCAAGAAGGAAGGCGCUAGUGUGGCCGGAGUUGUUCAGGCGUGGCAAGUCUUACAGUCAGCUGCAAAGGAUGUCGGUGCUCUGGCCAAGGACGUCGGAUCGGACGUCAUGCAGAGGCAUCCCGAAGUCCAAGAGCAGUUCGGUGGCAAGUUCAACGAGCUCAAGCGAAUGGGCGAUCAGUAUGGUCCAGAGGCAAAGAAGAAGGUUGACGAGACCUGGAACCAGGUCCAGGAUGCUGUGAAGGGUGGCGUUGGUAUUGGCUCGAUCGACCAGAUCCGAAGGAUCAUCGAGGAGAAGAUUCAAGAUGUGCGCAAAUUGGGCGAUCAAGCUUGGGACAAGGGUCUGGAGCAAGCCAAGCCUUAUCUCGACAAGGCUCCUAAGGUCAAGGAGUUCGUCGAGCAGAACAAGGACAAGCUCAAGAACUCCAACCUCAACGAUCUCUGGAAUCAGGUCCGCCAGGCAGCAGAGUCGGGAGACACAAAGGAUCUGGAGAAGUUUGCGAAGGAGAAGGCUAACCAAGCCAGCCAGAGUGUGGGUGGUGGCAGUCUUGAGAAAUAUUUCCAGAUGAUCCCCAACGCUGGUGAUAUUGGUUCGAAGUUCCAGCAGCUGAAGGAGGUCGGCGACAAGCACGGCGAUCGGGCAGAAGCGCUCUUGAAGGAGGCUUUCGAGGACAUCAAGAAGGUGCUGGAGCAGAAGCUCGACGAGGGCAAGAAGAUUGCAGACGACGCGAAGAAAGAUGCGAAGUAA